UGUUUCAUUUGGGCGAUCAGUUCGUCUCGUCCAGCAGCGCAGGGAGGCCGGUCGAACAAGAAAAUUUUCGAUAUAAACGAGGGGUGUCUAAGCUAUUAUUCGUAAUAAUCCUAGAAACAAAACGCCGAACAUUUACCCCGAAAAGAGCUCGAAAGACAACGCGCAUUCUCCGCGAUAUGCUGGUGCUAGUGCUGCUAGGACGAACGUGAAGUUGCUCGAGUUAACGCGUUUCGAUCGAUUUGGAAGGCUCCCGUGUAUAUUCUCCUGGAAAAUAAAAUUCAUAUUUCUCGCGUAGUGUGAAAAUAGUGUGCUGCAAAGUGUAAGUGAUUGAAGGAGAGAAAGGUAUUGUAUUUGUGAGCUGGAAAAGAAAAAAGAAAAGAAGGAAGAAGAUAGUGUCGGAUUAGGGGAAAAAAGCUUUUCCGGUGUGUCGUUGGUGUUAAGAAAGAAAAGUUUAAGAAAUAAGUAACAGGGAAGAAGGUUUCAAAUAGCGGCGUUAGCAUCGGUUUACGUACACCGUUGGUGUUGGAAUCGUUGAACGGGCGGACCCAAGGAUUCUCUAUCUCUCUUUCUCGUCUUUUUCUUUUUUCUCUCUCUGUCUCUCUCUUUCUCCGUCUCUUUCCGUGUUUCUCUUUAUUAGUCUAUCCCUUUCUUCCUUUUUCUUUUGUGCCUCUUUUACGUCACUAAAUCCCUAUCCUGCUCAUCGGUUGGUGUGCCGGCAUCAAGAGCGAUACGAUACAGACAGACGGACCGUGCACGUUUUUUUUUCCUUCUUCUUCUUAUCCUAUAAUAAGCAAAUAGAAAAGUCAAAGAAAGGAAAAGGAUUAGAAGAUUAAAGAAUAAGAAAAUAAAAACAAAUCAUUGUGUCGAGUGGUGGCGCAGGAUAGAAGAGAGAAGUGGUGGUGGCGUAGUGCGACGAGUUAGAUCACACAACCGGCAUCGCAUCGUCCACCCUAAUUCCUUCACCUUCUCUCUUCGUAGAAGUUAUUGGACGCACCGGUAGAAGGGGGGCCGCCCUUUUAAAACAAAGAGUGAGAAAGAGAGAGAGAAAGACAGACAGGCAUAAUCUCCGGCGUCUUUCUUAACUACCAUCACUUGCAUCAUUAUAUCUACUAACACCAUAUCAUUAACCUUUUUCGUAUUUUAUUUGCCCUUGGUCAUUAUCAGUCGAUUUCUCGUUGAAAAAAAUUAUUCUUCCUUGUUGUGCCCUUUUGUUACCCCCUCUUCCAUCGAUCGAGCAGUACAUGUGAGAAGUAGUAGAAGUAGAAGAAGAAGCAAAAGAAGAGAGUGCUGCGCCGCUUUGAGUUUCUUUUCGUCCGGCGCGUGUUUGUUUGUGCUACCACAACGAAACGGGGUUAACGGCGAAUCCAGUAACGACAACAACAGUGGUAGUAACGACGCAACGAGUUCUACUUACCUCGGAUACGGUGGAGAGUUUCGGUGUAGGAUACGGCCAGGGUGCAAGCACCAGUACAGGCGACUGGAUGAAACCACCGGGGGACUUAUUCUUUUACUGCGAUAUGAAGGAUCUGGGAGCCGAUAUGAUCGCUCCCUCGGCAAAAAAGCUUUGGGGUGUGGACGAAGGCGGUUCCAAGGACGAGGGUGGCGUAAAAGGUGGUGGGGGGAUACUUCACCUGGGCGACCACCAAAUGUGGCGAGAUUCAACUUGGAGUACUUCAGAUCAUGCGGUAUCUCAACCAAUAUCGAUGGGUAGACGCGUGGGUGUUGGUACUGGAUAUCAUCAUCAAACUUCUGAAGUUGGGACAGUUCUCAGUCCUAGAAGCAGUGAAACGGGUGGAUUGGGAGUUAAGAUGGUGGAAUAUGUUCUUGGUUCAAGUCCCACGACACCUAAGGAUUUAGAACCUCGAAUGGGAUCUCUUCGAUUGAAUACUGACACAGACAAAAAAGAAAAAGAUAAAGGAUCGGCAAGUCCAUUUGAUAAUUCGAAAGACGAUUCUGGUCCACAAGGAAAUGGAUUAGCUUCACAAAAUGGUCUUGACGAUGAUAAAGGUUUCAAUCGUACACCAGGAAGUCGUCAACCAUCACCAGGUGAAGAGGAAUUUCAAAAAAAUGCGGCUGCAACGUUAGCAGUUAGCGCAGGCGGUGCCGGCGUAGUUUUAUUAAAACCAGGUGUUGAUGUUGUUGGAAGUGAGGAACAUUUUAUGGCAGCUUUUGCUGCAGCACCACCGCACCAUCUUCAACAUCAUCAGGCACCACCAACACAUCACCUUCAGCAUCCCCAUUCUCAUGCGGCGCAAUUGUUUGGUGCACAGGCACCACCACCCCCGCAAGCACCACCACCAUCUCAACAACAGCAACAACAACAAGGACCACCCCAACCGCAAGACACUACAACCCAUUUUGAUGUACAGAUAUUAAAGGACCCUACCGAUGUAUUGUAUUUGCCGAAAUCAACAGACAGUGUAACGACAACGUUAGGUUGUUACGAAAAUAUUCUUAAGGAAACUGCAGACGAUUUUUUUAUGCAACGACUACGUUCUGUAUCUAUUCAAUUAUUUCGCAGUCAGCCACAAGGUGCAACGCCUCAACAAUUACAGUUGCUCCAGCAACAACAGCAACAACAACAGCAGCAACAAUAUUUGGCUGCAUCCCAGGCCCAACAGCAACAACAACAACAACAACAGCAACAACAAAACUUUCCUACGGCACCAUAUACCGUUAUCAGCGGACAAGAACCAUAUGUAGGAGCAUUGAUAGCUGGUGGACCGCCACAAGUGGUACCACAGUAUUAUGGAGUAGGCCCGUGGGUUUAUCCUGCUGGUCUACUACCGCAAGCACCUCCGCAAGCUGCAGCUCCACCUCCACCUAGACGACCUCUAACACCUUCGUCGGCAGCGGCUGCUGCAGCUGCUGCUCAGGACACCGCUAAUAAUUUGGCACAAACGGUUCAAGGUCAAUACCAAGUUAUACCAGCUUACUACGAUCAAAAUGGAUCUAUAGUCAUGGGCGGCGUACGUGGCCUUAGUUCCGCGGCAACUCCAAUGAGAUUAGUCAGUCCAGCACCCGUUCUUGUAAACAGAGCUCCUUCACAACCACCUCCUGGACCACCUGCUCCACCACCACCGAGUCUUUAUUCACAAGCGACUCCAACAUCUCACAGCAAUGCUACGCCUGGUGAAUGUAUAGGUCUGGCAGCGUGCAAUCCAGCAGUCGUUGCACAAGCUCAAGCAGUUGCCGUACAACAGGUACAACAACAAGGAACGGGACUUGCAGCAGGUCUAGCGGCUUUGGGAUAUGGAGGUUCUCCUCUUGGAGCAUUGGGUUCACCUGCCCAACUUCAAACUACAGGUUUAGGACUUGGAGCAUCUUCGACAGGAAGAAGGGAUUCCUUUGACAGAAAUACUUCGGCAUUCAGUCCAAGUUUGGAAUACAGUCGAGCGAAAUGGCCACAAAGUUAUGGAGCACUUGGUACAGUAACAGCUUCUCCAAGUCCACUAGGAUUAUCCGUAACUCCACCACCAAUUUUGGGAGGGUCUUUGGGCGGACUUGUAGGAGGUGCGAAUCGAGUAUCAGCUGCUCCAGGUGCUGAAGCCAAAUUUCGCGCAAGCACUGUACCAGCAUUGACAGCUAAUGGUGUUUUUGGAUCGAGCAGUUCACUUUUUCCUAAUUUAGUCGGUAAAGCUGCACGUACUGGAACUACAAAUAUUAGUGACAAAAAUACUAGUGGCCGAUCUCGUCUUUUGGAGGAUUUCAGAAAUAAUCGAUUCCCGAGUCUUCAGUUACGCGAUUUGGUUAAUCAUAUCGUUGAAUUCAGUCAAGAUCAACACGGUUCACGUUUCAUUCAACAAAAAUUAGAACGUGCUUCUGCUAACGAGAAACAUCUUGUAUUUCAAGAGAUACUUGCAUCAGCUUAUUCUCUUAUGACAGACGUUUUUGGAAAUUAUGUUAUACAAAAGUUCUUUGAAUUUGGCACUCCCGAACAGAAAUCUACUUUAGCUCAAAAGGUUCGAGGCCAUGUGUUACCAUUGGCACUACAGAUGUAUGGUUGUCGAGUAAUACAAAAAGCUUUAGAAUCUAUUGGGCCGGAACAGCAACAAGAAAUUGUUCGAGAAUUGGAUGGUCACGUAUUGAAAUGUGUGAAAGAUCAAAAUGGAAAUCAUGUUGUUCAAAAAUGUAUCGAAUGCGUCGAACCACGAGCAUUGCAAUUCGUUAUUGGUGCAUUUGCUGGACAAGUUUAUUCUCUGAGUACUCAUCCAUACGGAUGUAGAGUAAUUCAACGUAUAUUGGAACACUGCACUGCAGAACAAACACAAGGAAUUUUACAAGAAUUGCAUGCUGCUACAGAUCAGCUUAUACAAGAUCAGUAUGGUAAUUACGUCAUCCAGCACGUACUAGAACACGGCAAACCAGAAGAUAAAACCCAAUUAAUUAGCAGCGUUAGGGGUAAAGUACUUGCAUUAUCUCAACACAAAUUUGCAAGCAAUGUGGUUGAAAAGUGUGUUACCCAUGCUACAAGACAAGAACGCGCCGUACUCAUAGAGGAAGUAUGUGGCUUCAAUGACAAUGCACUAAACGUCAUGAUGAAAGAUCAAUACGCAAAUUACGUGGUACAGAAGAUGAUCGACGUAGCUGAACCUGCGCAACGUAAAAUUUUGAUGCACAAGAUUCGCCCACAUUUAGGAAGUCUCCGCAAGUAUACGUAUGGCAAACAUAUAAUCGUUAAAUUAGAGAAAUUCUUCAUGAAGACGGCAACCGCGAUUGGUGUAUCGACACCAGCUGGUGCCUCUAAUAAUGGUGGAGAUCUUGGACCUAUAGGACCUCCAGCAUCUUCUGCUGGUACUGUUUCCACACCGGCGCAACAACCCACGCAGGUUUUAUAAGCGCACGAUAUUCAAAACUCUCUUCUCCCGCCUCCCAAAAAUCAUCAACACCACCACCACCAAAUAAGCUGAAAUUUUCACAUGCCCCGACACCAUAAUUUACCGUAACAUCGACUAGGACUCGUUCUUCUACAUCAUCCGUUUUACUACGUCAUCGUAUUUUACGCAUUUCGAGAGUUUCGUUAUGAUUAUAUUUUUCUUUAAGUAUAAGAAAGAAAGUAAGAAAAAAAGAAAGAAAGAAAGAUAGAAAAUGAUGAAAACAUGUAAUACCUAGAAUUUAGCAUGUUCGCGAGUUUAUAGUAUCUAAAAGAUAAAAAGAGAGAGAGGGAGAAAGAAAGAAAAAUGAUUGUUUAUAAUUUCUUGCAGCAUUAUUGAAUAUUCGUUGUUUGUACAGAUUUUUCUCGAACAACUUUAUUGAUAUAAACAAGAAUCGUGACACGAUAUACAUACAUAUAUAUACAUAUAUACGUAUAUAUAUAUAUAUAUUUUUUUCCUUUUUUUCUUCGUUUUUUUCUUCAUUAAAAAUAAGUGUUCUUCGAAUGGAAAAGUAAGAUAAAUAGAUAUAAAGAAAAAAAAAGAAGGAACACGCAGAUUCUUAGAUUUGGUGGUUAAAAAGAAAGAAAAUAAGUGUAAGAACGAAAGAAAGAAAUAUGGUGUUAGUAGUGCAUUUUUUCUAUCGUUACAUUAUUACAAAGAAAAGAAAAUGAGAAUGAUAGGUAUAUUCGUCGAAAGUUUGAUGUGUAUUCAUUGAAUUAUUAUAUUCAAAUAUCGUCAAGAGUUUAGCAUUAUAUUAUGACGUUAGUCAAUGAGUUUUCGUGUGUGAGAAGAAGCAGACGAUAAAGUUAUGAAGCAUGUCGUAUAUAUUUACAUAAUUAUGUAUAUGUAUAUAUACAUAUACACAAGUAACAUCAUGAUUAGUAAUGAGAUUUAAAGGAAAUUGUGGCGGCUAAGAGAUUAAUAAUAUGAAUAAUGUAUUAACAUAUUAUAAAAUGUGUAAAGAUCCAACGGUAUGAAACGAUUAAAUAAUCUCACAUUAUAAUAAUAUGAUUAAAGAUCGAGAAAGCGUGUUUACGACAGAUUUUUGUAGAUGAGUUUUAAGCAACUCUGCUAAAUAAUAUGCGUCUUUAGAGCUAAAAAAAAAAAAAAGAAAACGAUAGAGUUGAAGAGAGAGAGAGAGAGAAGGAGAAAGGAAAAGUAUAAGAUAGGACAGAUAUGAGGUAGAGAGAUAAACUUCGACGAUGAAUACAAAAAAAAAAAGACCUGAGAGAUAUAGAAACGAUCAUUUGAAUAUUCGCGCCAAUUUGUUAGAUCGAUAUUAAAAAAAAAAGUGCGCUUA